CUCUCUCCCUCCACCAUCCCAUCAUCAGUUCUGCUCACGCUUUUCUGCUGGUUCCAUUCCCGCUUGCCGCCUCCCGAAUAGUCAUUCUGCCCUUGCCCUCAAAGCCAACCUAAUCUCUUCUCUUUCACCUGAUCUGCUGCCUCUUCCCUCCCCAUCCCCCUCCCCUCGUCUUCCCCCCCCAAAAAGAAUCCGCCGGGUUUUCUACCUUUUCUCUUCCUUCUAUCCUUUCCCCUCCUCCCCCUCUUCGGUGGUGUGUGUAUGUCUGUAACGGGCCUUUUCUCUGCGUGAACAGUUUAAUUGUGAUCCACUAGAAAUCAUGGGUCAGACCUUGUCCGAGCCCGUGGUCGAUAAGACUUCCGCUGAAGGUCAAGAUGAGUGCUGUAUAUACGGUGUUUCCGCCAUGCAGGGUUGGCGAAUCAGCAUGGAGGAUGCCCAUGCUGCUGUCCUCGACCUGCAGGCCAAGUACUCGGAGCAGGAAGAAAAGCCGACCGACCCCGAUAAACGACUCGCUUUCUUCGGUGUAUAUGACGGGCACGGUGGUGACAAAGUAGCAUUAUUCGCCGGAGAGAACGUCCACAAGAUUGUCGCGAAGCAGGACUCCUUUGCCAAAGGUGAUAUCGAACAGGCCCUGAAGGAUGGCUUCCUCGCUACCGACCGGGCUAUUUUGGAAGACCCGAAGUAUGAGGAGGAAGUGUCUGGCUGCACCGCAGCCGUCAGCGUUAUUUCGAAGCACAAGAUCUGGGUGGCCAAUGCUGGUGAUUCUCGCUCUGUACUGGGUGUCAAGGGCCGCGCGAAGCCUCUUUCAUUUGACCACAAGCCUCAGAACGAAGGCGAGAAGGCUCGUAUCAGCGCUGCUGGUGGUUUCGUUGACUUUGGCCGUGUCAACGGCAACCUGGCCCUGUCGCGGGCCAUUGGUGACUUCGAAUUCAAGAAGAGUCCCGAGUUGUCUCCUGAGCAGCAAAUUGUCACUGCCUAUCCUGACGUCACUGUGCACGAUCUCAGUGACGAUGACGAGUUCCUCGUAAUUGCCUGUGACGGUAUCUGGGAUUGUCAGUCCUCCCAAUCAGUGGUGGAAUUUGUCCGCCGUGGGAUUGCCGCGAAGCAGGACUUGUAUCGGAUCUGUGAGAACAUGAUGGACAACUGCCUGGCCUCCAACAGUGAAACCGGCGGUGUUGGCUGCGACAACAUGACGAUGGUCAUCAUCGGUCUCCUUAACGGUAGGACCAAAGAGGAGUGGUACAACCAGAUCGCUGAGCGCGUGGCGAACGGCGACGGCCCUUGCGCUCCGCCCGAGUACGCUGAGUUCCGCGGCCCCGGUAUCCGGAAUCAAUUUGAGGAGAACCCGGAUGACUUUGACAUGGAAAACGACCGUGCGCGUGGCUUCAGCGUCCGCUCUGGCCGCAUCAUCCUCUUGGGGGACGGCACUGAAUUGAUUCCGGAACAGAACGAUGACGAACUCUUUGAUCAGGCUGAGGAAGACCAGGACCUUGUCAAUCAGGUGCACCGUGAUUCACCUGAUGCGGCUCGGAAUGAACGGGAGGGAACUCCUGGACCUCAGUCUAAGGACACUCCCCGAACGGACGCCGCUGAGAUAUCGGAGUCGCCGUCUACCACCGCGGAGGGUUCGUCCGGCAGUGCCCCUGGAACGCCGCAAAAGCCUACGAGUUCGUAGUCAUGAUGGAUCUCUUGCAUUUCUCCUUGAUGUGUCUUUUCUUUUUUUUUUUUUCUAUUUCCUUUUCUACCCUUGCCGCGCUUGUUACCUUUUUCCCUUUUUCCUUAUUUUGGUUCUUUGAAAACCAUCCUUGUGUGAUUCUACGACUGUGCCCGUUUUUACCUAUUUCCUUACAUUUACGUGGACUUCUUUCUGCCUUGCCCCUUUCGG